AUGAGUAAGGAAGAAAAUGUGAUCUUUACAGGCGGUGUGGCUCAGAACAGCACUUUGAAUGGCAUCCUAGAUUCCAAAAAGGAAAUCAACCAUUUCUCGGUAUCUCCAUAUCCAGGUGAUGAAGGCAUCGCCGUUGGAUGUUCUGCGUUCGGUUUCUAUGCUAAUGUUGCUGAUGGCAGCAAAUACAAUCUCUCACAGGCGCUCUCGGAGAGCCCCCUGGUGGCGUCUCAAGGAAUCCAAUACAAAUCGCAAAGCAUCGAAAGGGCUCUCAACCAUUUCGAGAAAUGGAUCAAAUGGAGGCGUGCAGAUUCUGCAAAAGAGACCGCACAGGCUCUGGCGAAGUCCAAGGUUGUGGCAUGGUUUGAUGGGAAGAGUGAAUUCGGUCCGAGGGCUUUAGGGAGUCGCUCGAUACUUGCCGAUCCACGGAAGGAUUCCGUGCGAGACCACGUUAACCGAGUGGUCAAGAAAAGGGAAGCUUUUCGGCCUUUUGCCCCCGCAGUGUUGGCAGAACACGCAAACGAAUGGUUUGAAGACUGCCUGGGAGAUUGCUCGCCCUUCAUGUCAAUGACAAAGACAUGUAGAAGACCAAUGGAUGCCAUGGCCGUGGCGCAUAUCGAUGGUACCUCCCGUCUCCAGACAGUGACACGGGAUAGGAGUGCUUCGUACUACCAAAUGAUUGCAAAGUUCUGGGAAUUAACUGGUGUUCCAAUGGUCCUCAACACGUCGUUCAACAUAGCCAGAGAACCAAUAGUUGAAUCGCCGCGUGACGCCUUGCGAGCGUUUUUAGAUACAAAAGGAAUCGCCAUGCUCGUUUUUCCUGGUUGCGUGGUUGAGAAAGACAUACCUGCCAUGUCGGCAGCAGAUACUGUCCAGUCAGCCUGUUCUACUUUUCGUUCAAGUCAAGUUCAAGAUAGUCAAGGUGCAUGUCUGCAAACGCAAGUUGUGUAUAUUCCACUUGAUCUUGAAGAACUUGAUGACGAGGGUAGCCGUUUUGAGGACGAUGGAAUGCCAGAAAUCACAGUACAUAUUACUGAUGGAUUAGAAUUAGAACUAUUGGAGUACAUACAGAGACAUGGAACGCUUUCAGUUCAGGAGAUUUUUGAAGAGAUGGUUUUUGUGGACGAAGAAGGGCACAGAUACGACUACGUUGCCGAAACUGAUACCAGACAAGACAUGAAAAUAGAGAACGACAAUAGCGGCGAUGAUGAACCUACUCAAGACGACAUUCUCGCUCGAUUGACAAAUCUCUUCGAGAAGCGCUUAAUAUGUAAAACUUGA